GGCGGAACAUUCAAUUCUGGUAAAAGGCACAUCCUGCUUGUACCAGCUACUAUUUAGUCUGGGAUUUCCUGCACUUCCUCAUCAUUAAGGAUCAGACUUAGAUUUAGAUCAGACUUAUCGCUCUCCUUUGUUGCUGUUUUUCUAAUUAAAAUUUACUGGUGGAAUUUCUGAAGAUGGAAAAAGGAACCCAACCACAGGAUAUGGCUCCACCCUACCCUGGCCCUCCAUUGAAUUAUGGCGGUGUGGCACCUCAACCAGGCUUCUCCGCUCAGCCAGGCUUCCCAGCUCAGCCAGGCUUCCCAGCUCAACCAGGCUUCCCAGCUCAACCAGCCUUUUCCACUCAACCAGGCUUCCCUGCUCAACCAGGCUUCUCCGCUGCUCCUGCUGGAUACCAGGGAGGCGUUGCAUUUGCUCCUGUUGUAGCUGCACCUGCAGUGUCUCACGUGAUAGUUACUCAAACACUAAGAGACGUCCCUGGUCAGACUUUGUGUCCUCACUGUCAGCAAACUGUGAUCACCCAGACAGAGCACGUGUCAGGAUUGUUGACCUGGGCUAUUUGUGGAGGAAUGACCAUCGUGGGAUGCUGGCUUUGCUGUUGUAUCCCGUUCUGCCUCGACUCCUGUAAAGAUGUGGAGCAUCGGUGUCCAAACUGCCAACAAGUCCUCUACAUAUACAAACGGAUGUGAAAUCACAAAAAGAAAUACAAUUAAAAAGAAUCAUUGUAAUUAUCUUCCUUUACUUUAUAAAUACAAAUAAUAAUAUAUGUUAAGUCCAAAGACGUACAGAUUGCACUUGUACAUGUGAUUACUUAUUUUAAAAGAAGUCCAAGGAAAUUUUGCUUUUAAUUCUUCAGGAAAAAAAUGUUUUGCUUUCAUUUUGGUUGUCACAUAUUUUGUUCAGAAACUUGGUGUGGCUUUUUGUUAUACUGAUCUGCUUCACACAGAUUUUCAGCUAAAGUUAAAACAGAAGACAAUUUAUUUGUUUUUUUUAAAAAAAAGAAGUUAUUUAGUAACUCUAAGAACAAAGAUAUGAUAGUGCUUUUUUGUAAAUGAACACAGACAUAGUUUUGAUACCUGUUCAUUAAGGUGGUUAAAAAAAGUACAAUUAUUAAUAUAAUAUAAUAUAAUAUAAUAUAAUAUAAUAUAAUACAAUAUAAUAUAAUAAAUGUCACCAUUACAAAAAGUAUAAAACUAACACAGUUUUAUGCUGUGUUUCUUUAAAAAUCAGCAUUUCAAAAACAAUGUCAUGCUGGCAGUAAAACAUAGUGGUGGUAGUAAGAUGGUAUGGGCCUGCCUUGCAGCUAAAAGGCCUGCAUGAUUUGCUGCUUUGUGUUGAAACCAUAAAUUUUUCUCUCUACCAAAAACUGCUGAUGGAGACUACCAGAUCUGAAUAGAAUAAGCGCAAACAAUGAACAGAGGGAGAAGUGAAACUUAAGCUCAGUUCUGUACUCCGUCAGAACAAUGAUCCAAAAUACACAGCAGGGUGACAUUGAGCUUUUGGAAUGCACAAACUGAACAAUUUUUAUAUUACCGCAUUAUACUUAUACAUUUGUGUUGCAUAUUUGACCGUACUGUAGAGUGUCUCUUAUUUUUAUUGAUAGUUGUAUGUAUCUGUGUAAGUGCGUUCGCCUGGAACUGCUGAUGACACACAAAGGGACAAUGAAGGAUAAUUUUAUAUUAUCCUAUUCUAAGAGAUGAAAUAUCUAUUGUUCAACAUGCCAUCGUCAUCUAAUCUUGUGAGUAAUAAUAGAACAUAGCUUUUAGCUACAGAUUUCUGUAAUGUUUUGAUUGUAUUAGAACAAUCUAUGAGCAAAACACAUACGUUUCCAAUCUAUGAGCAAAAAGUAAAAAAAUAAAUAAAUAAA